AUCUUGUAUCUGUGAUUACCGUUACUACUGUAAACAGUGACUGUAUCGUUAACGAGGCAAACAAUGCUUUAGCAAACGUUUAACUUAAAGUUCCGCUGAUAAUGUUUUCUAUAAUUCUCGAUAAUUUACUCAGGCGUUAACUUGUGCUGCCCAAGGGGUCUUUUCCGAAGGAUACAACUCCGAAUCAUGGUCGAAGCGUGUGGAAGUUGAACCAUGUGGAUAUAAUACACAUUAUGUUCCAUAAGUAAAUUGAGGAUGACGCACAUUACCAUUUCGUCAGGAGGACGAUAAACAUCAGUGUUGCAACUGCGCUGCUCACAUUCAACCAAACAAACGUCAUGUCAACCUCCAGAGAGGCUUGUCCAUUCUGUGGAAAGACCUUUAAAAGACUGAACAGCCAUCUUCCCAAAUGCAAGAUGGCCCAUGUUUCCAAGACAGCAGCACCAAAGGUCCUCACACACCCUGUCCAACAGGACCACACCCUAGGCAAGAUGAGCAAAAAGAAAUCAUCACCUUCUACAACUUCUCAGAAGAUUAAAAAUACAUCAGAUUUAUUAUAUUCAACACCAUCGUCAAAUAAAUUUAAAGUUAAGAAAGCAUCAUUACCAUUAUCUCCAUCAACAUUAACAACUACUAAGAAGACUAAGACACCAUUGUCUCCCUCGCCACUGACAACAUCAAUUGAGACAAUGAAAAAGCAGAAGCUCCUUGAUGAGACUUUGAUAGUCUCCAAGGACUGUCUGCCCAAAGAUCCAGAUGGGAUUCUCAUGAAACAUAUCCCUACACCCACAGUCAAGCACAAUGCAGACUCUACUACAGACAUAGCUUCAGUCACAGCCACAGUCAAGAAACUCAAAGCUUCUUCAACCAAAGCCAAACUGAAAGCCUCCCCAGCUACUACUACACUCCCAGUGACUCCUAAAGCCAAAGUUGCUUCAAAGAAAGUUUCACUCAGAAAGCAGAUUGAAUUAUUCGCUCAGAGAGCCAGAGCUGCUGCCAGUCUACCCCAGGAACCUGUAACAGAGGAACAGGGGGAGGAGGUAAGACUUAGCAUCCAGGAUCACCCCGCCAGCAUGGAUGACCUCACAUGUAACCAUCUGUACAACAAAACAAGCUUACUGGACCACAAACCAACCAUUACGUCUAAUCUCAAUAAAGAGAGGUUAUGUAGCAAGACAAGCAAACAUGGAACACAGUCAGUGGACCACAGUUCAUGUAUGGUGGAUCUUAUUCAGACCAAAACCUCUGACCAUUUGUACAAGAAUAAUGGACUGCUCUUGGUUGGCCUUGGUCAAACCGCAGCCUCUGCCCUAAGUCAUACCAGUGUUACUGUUGGCAUGUUAGCUCCCAAAACGAACUCAGCCCAGUCACUCACAAUGAAACCUCAAAAGCUAUCACAAACUGAGACAGUAAAGGUUCUUAAAAGCAUCGUAGAACCCAGCUAUCCCCCUCUUUCAGCCCCCUCUUCUACUUCUGCGCCCCUCCUCAUCUCUCCGGGAGUACACGAUCAGAGCAGAGACACAGGGCCACAGUGCUCUAACUUCCCCCAUCAUCUCCCUCCCAUACCUUCCCUGUCACUCUCGCCACCUGCUUCUCCUUUACUGUGCUCUGCUCCAUCUCCCAUCCUGUCUCCUUGGAUCCCCACGAGGGACGUCAUAGGUAUGGAGGUGAUGCUUGAGAUGACCAUGCCCUAUCAGAUGAUUGGACUGAAACUAACGUUUUCGCCCUGUUCUUGCGCUUGGCACGUACUGGUAGGGCUGAUGCUUAAUGCGUCUACUCGGUUCACCCCCUUUCUCACCCCCUCUCCUCCUAACCCUCUUCCCUCUCGCCCACCCACCUUUUCCGGGCCUCCUCUUCCAUUUCUUUCGCCCUCUCUUCCUGUUUGCACAGAGAGGGCGAAGUUGGCAACAGCCAAUGCCAGCAGGACAUCGGAGAGAGCACAACUCAAUGGCAGGAAGUACGGCACUGAGCAGAGGAUAAUAGGUGCACUGUCUCUUGGGGAAGUGAGGCUGAAGGAACUGCCAGGCUGGAUUGCAACCCGAGCUUUCCAUAACCCCAGGCAGAGAGCACAGGCCCUGCCCAGAAGUUGGCAGUGGUACUACAGGACGUAUGUAGAUGUGAAAGGUGGAGUGGGCAGAAUAGCCAUGCUGUUAGCAGGAUACUGCUUUCUCAACUACACCUGGAGCUGUCCACAAUUCACACGCGAUCGCUGGAGAAAGUACCAUUAAGGCCAUGCUGAGCCCUGGCAGAAGGGGUCAACCUAAAGGAACAUGCCCUUAGUGGUGUGGCGAAGAACACUUUUCAACAAAACAUUUAAAGAGAUGUAGCUAUAACAGAAAAAAUAUUUGUUUUUUUAUCAUCACAUUCUUCUGUGAAAGGGGAUGGAUGCCAUGAGAAUGUAUACAGAAGCAGCACAUAGUUGCUGAGGGAAAUAGUCUCAUUUUAUUUGGAAAUGUAAUGGCUUGUAUACUAUAUAUAAUAUUUAUAUACAGUGGAUAUAAAAAGUCUAC